CUUGAUAAUGAACCAGUUUAGACUUUAGAGAAUUGAUAUCGUACCGAGUCCAUCCCAAGUCCCAAAUGCAGCUUGAAAGAUGAUACCACGACUCACCACCACCUCCACCUCCAUCUCCAUCUCCAUCUCCCACCAAAAACCCCAUCUCUUCUUCUCCCCUCUUAAACCUCUCCAAACACCCUCACUUUCUCUCUCCACCACUGACACAGGCCUUCAAUUCCGACGCAAACUCCUCUACCUCGAAUCCCUAAACGUCAACUCCCUUAAAGCCCUCUUAAAAAACCCCCAAUUUCGCUCAUCUUCUCUCCAAACUCUCCAAUCCGUCGAAAACUGCCUCAUUUCCUUCGGCAUCUCUCGCUCUUCUCUCGGCCGCAUUCUCGACAUGUACCCUCUCCUUCUCUCCUCCGACCCUCACCUCCAUUUAUACCCUGUUUUUGAUUUCCUCAUCAAUGACGUCCAACUCCCUUUCCCUGACGUCAGCAAAUCCAUUAUUCGUUGCCCUAGAUUGCUCGUCUCCAACGUUGAUCACCAAUUACGCCCUACUUUUUACUUUUUGCGCAAAUUAGGGUUUAAGAUUGAUUGUCACACCACUGUUUUGUUGGUCUCUAGUGUUGAGAAUACUCUCUUGCCUAAACUUUACUUUUUGAGGAGUUUAGGGUUUUCGGAUUCUGAGGUGGUUAAUUUGGUUCUCAGAUCACCUGCUUUGCUCACUUAUAGUAUUCAGAAUAACUUUAAACCUAAAUUGGAGUACUUUCUUAAGGAAAUGAAGAGGGAUUUGAAGGAGAUUAAGCGGUUUCCGCAGUAUUUUUCGUUUAGUUUGGAAGGGAAGAUUAAGCCGCGGCAUAGGUUGUUGGUGGAGCAUGGGUUUUCUAUGUCACUUAGUGAUAUGCUUAAGGUUAGUGAUGGCGAAUUCAAUGUUCGGUUGAUUGAGAUGAGAUUGCAGCUUAUUGACCAUUUGUAACUGAUAUUGCAGAAUGCAGAGAAACCCAUAUGUGUUGGGAAAGGGAUUAAUAUUUUGAGCGUAGUCUGAUAAAGACUUUGUAAUAUUGCCGAUUGCUUAAUAUUGUAAUCUAUGUUUGUACUGUACUUCUGUGUAACGGCUUCUAUUUAUUUUACCCUAGAUUGUAUUUUGCUAUAAUCUCCUGAGCAUCGCAUGGAUUGGAUUGGGUAUGUUUCUAUUUGGCUUUUUAAGUGGGAACUCAAACGUGAGUAUAAGGUAUUCAUCUGUAGCAGCCUAGCAGGCAUCUUUUGUCUACUGAUUCAUGGUGCAGGUUAAUUGAGUUAAGACAAUUGUUCUGGAUUCAACUUUUUGUGUACUAUCAGUAAGCUACAGAAGUACUAUGCAAGUGUUGUAAUGGUUGACAACUAAUUACCGAGCAUGGCUUGGUCUAGUGGUGGGAGCUCCUCUUGGCAACUUUGAAGGUCCCAAGUUCAAGCUCCACAACUAAUAUAUGCGGGGAGUUUAUUUCCGCCCUCUCAUUCCUCACACGCAGAGCUCACCAAUUACCUUUUUAUAGGUGGAUCAAGAUCAACUAUAGGGGUUAGUUAAACAUCGCCCCCAAACUACUUAAAAUUGCCCCAACUCUCACAUGAAUGUACCAUUAUACCCUUUUGAUUUUUUGAUUUUUACCAUCUUCUCUCUCAACUUUUGACUCCCAUCUACUCCUCCCAUCUUCAAUCUCAUCUUCAUUCAUAAGAACCACCACCACCAUCUAAACCCAAAAAAAUAUCAGGCAUUCCAUCGGAGGGAAAUCCAAGGCCACAAAAAAAACUUGUCCUGCGGCCUAUAACGGAGAAGGCAAUCUUAAGGGAUAUAGAGGCCUUGUCGGCAAGAAGAUGUAGAGGCAGUAGUGGAUAUGGCGGCAGCAAAGCAAAUGGAGGCGGAAUAAUCGGCGGUGUUUUCGCAGUUAAUUUUUUUUGCAAAAAAUAAAUUUGAAUGCUUGGCCAUGGCGUUCGUCCCAUGGAAGGAACGUUUCGUUGGUUCGUUCCAUCCAAGGGGCCGACGUCCAGGCUAGACGUUGGAUCCAUGAGUCCAACGUCGGAGCCAGACGUUAGGCCCACGCAAUUUUGCUACUUAAUUUUUUUGUAUUAAACAGCGUGUUAUGUUUUGGGCUAGUCCAAUUCUUCUGUCUUUCCUUUAAUUUUAUUGUGUUUUUUUCAUUUUAUGGUUUAGUCCCUGCCUUUAUGUGUUUUGGGCCAUCUUUUCAAAAUUAAAGGCCUUUAUUGUUUUUUUUUUCUCAUUCUUCUCUUUAUUUAAAGUGUGUUAGUGCUUCCUUAAAUGAAGUAGUUUUAUUGCAAUUUUUUUAAAUUCUUUUUUUAUUCUUUAUUCUCUUUAUUCACUUUACUUAAGUAGUACUAGCCUUCAUAUGCACGCGAUGCGUGCGUUAAUUUCAAAAUUUGUUAUUCUAUUAGAUACUCCAUUCGUACUUUAUUUA